GCAGAUUUGUGUAUGACAACAAUUUUAUACAAAUGACUCUAUACAUUUAAUGAUUAUUGUUUUAAAUUUAAUUCUUGUACAACAUGGCGUUGCAGCCGAUGAAAACAGAGGCGCCUUGCUUAAACAAUGUGGUCGGGAAGCUGGAUGAAUUAGCUAAUCGUAUGAGAAGCAAAGACUUUCGUUUUAAUGAUGAUGAUAUUGUCAACAUUGAUAAGGUCAUUGAAGCAUUACAUGAAUUGGACAAUGAUAAAAAGGGAAUACAAGACCAGCUUGAAACAGAAACAAUUAAAGCAAGUGUUUUGCGACACCGACUUCUCUUUUUACCAUCACAGAUCAAGGAGGAAAUAAUGGAAUCAGUUAAUUCAGCGCGACAGCUCAAUAUUUCUUCUCAGGUGGAUCUUCAAGGUCAGCUGGAAACCAUCAACACAAACAUAGUGUACCUGGGCAACCGUCAGCAGCAGUUGGAGAAAGAAAAUUUUAGUUUACAACCUGAAAAAGAGCAGAUUCGUCAGCAACAUGAAGAGAUCAUAUCGCAGUUGAAUCAAAGAAUGGCAGAAAAAGCCAGUAUGCAGAUUGCUCUUAAUGAAACACGAGAUAAAGUGCGAGAGGCUAAUAAAGAUAUUGUUGAACUGGAAGACAGUAUUCUUCAACUCAAAGAGGACCUCAUACAGGAAAGAACUGAGGCCAGACAGGAGAAAAAGCGACUUAAAAAGGCUGUGACAACUACAUCAGAGAAAACCAAAGAGCAGAAAGAACAAAACUUGGGAAAGAAACGAGAGCUAGAUGGUCUCAUGGAACAACUUACAGAAAGUGAGUUGAAGAUUGAGACAGUACGCAAGAGUAUCCGGCGCUAUGAAGGAUCACGGUCACGUCUGGAGGAUCAAGAGAGGACACUCCAGCAGGCCUUCUCACACCAGCAGAAGAUCAAGGCGGAGAUACUGAGGCAGCAUAUGCUUAUUGUAGCUGAGAAAGAGUACACUGAAAAGGAAUACGUACAAAAUGAAGAAAACUUUUUAGCAAAGAUGAACAAGUUGAAGGAUAAUAUUGAAAAAGCUACUGAGUUAAAUUAUGAGUUAGAAAUACGUAAAGAAGCACUCAGACAUGAAGUGAAAAGUAAAGAGGAAAUAAAGCUUGAAGAUUCUCAGAAAAUCCAGGAACAGGACAGCAUACUUCAACAAGUGAAGGAUGAGCUGACAGAGAAGGCCGAGGCUGUUGGUGACAUGCACCAAGAUAUCAUUGAUAUGGAAGAACAGAUGGAAUUGUUGGCAGAAUCUCAUAAAUCUGUUAUUGACCAGCUAAGUAAGCAAGUUGAAGAAUGUCAAAAGGCGCUUGAGAAAGAAAGAAAAGAAAGGAUGGAUAUUCAGUCUAAAAAAGAUGGUGUUCAAAAGAACCUGGAGGAGACUAAAGCAGAAGAACAACUGUUCAUGCAGUCCGUCAAUCAGGAAAUACAGGCGGGCAAAACCAAGCAUGUAGAAUUAUCCAAUGAGGGGUCUAAGUUGCAAAAGGAACUGAAGUCUGAUGAGACUGCAAUCCAGUCACUGCAGGAAAAUCUGAAGGAGGUUAAGCAGGAGUACACACAGAUGUUUACAGAUAUGCAGGAAAAAACAAAAGCCCUUGAGACUGAAAUACUCGCCUUGGAGACACAUAAGGAAAGAAACGAGAAAUUACUUGAAGAAAAGGGUCCUGAAUUUGAGAAAAUGGAAGUAAACUUUCAGGAACGUACAGCUGAGUAUAGUGCUGUGAAGAAAAAUGUUGUGUCCUUGAAAAAUCAGAAGACUGAUUUGGAGAAUACAAUAAAAAAGACCAAAAAUGAUUUACAAAAACUUGUGGAGCCUUUGGGAAAUAUACAAAACGAUAUUAAGCACAAGCGGAUCGAAGCAUUGGAUCAGCUAAAGCAACUAGGCAAAGAAAUGGAGGAAAUUGAGAAUUCUAUCUUUGUUGAAGGCAGCAAGCUAAAAACAGUUUUGCAAAAAAAUGAUGAGUUUGAAAAGAAUAUCAAAAAAUGGGAAAAAGAAAUCAAGGAACUUGAACUGCAGAUGGCCCAGAAUGAGUUGAUAAAAGUCAAACUGGAGAACCAGAUCACUGACGAAAAAGACAACCUUGUUAAAAGCUGGCUAGAGGACCAAAAGAUGCAACAGAUUUUUGCUGAAUUGGAUGAGUUGUCUGUCAAAGAAUUUGGACAAAUUCUUGAGAAGACAGAAUGUCGAGCACACUUGAUUGGCGAUAUCACAUCUAAUCUGCAAACUGAACUAGCAAUGCUUUCGACUUUUCUAGAGACUUUAGCCACCAGACGGCCUGCAGAGACUCCAAGAAGCAGCAGGAAGCAAUCCAGUCGAAGGACGUUAACCGCAGUAGAUGCAGUGGCUGAAGCGAAUCGGGUAUUGGGUCACACCCCACGACCUCCCACUUCACGAAGCAGCAAAAGCAGACUUCAGCUCCGAGCACCCAGUCGUGCUUCAAUUUCACCAUCACAUUAACACAAAUACAGCUGACAUCACCAAGUUGUUAUAUUGGUUUUACAAAUAUUUAGUAUAUCCAUAUGCAUUGCACGUUUUGGAAACACCCAAUAGCCAAUGUGUAUUUUUGUGUUGGGGGGUCGUCAAACAUUCAUUCAUUCAUGCAUUUUUGAACCUACACGUACCAUCAUUCAUGGUAAAGAAUAUGUUUUAACUAGUUGUAUUGUUUUUAGAAAGAUUUAUUAUAGCCAUGUUCAUUUCAUUUUUGAAAAUAUAUGUACCAUCAUUCGCUGUAAAGAAUAUUUGUAAGUGUGGGUGUGUGUGCAUGUGUGUAUUUUAUGUUUGAAAAUAGAUAUACCAUCGUUCAGUUGUUAUCAUAAAUAUUUCUAAGCAAAAUAUAUAUAUAUAUAUGUGGGUUUCAUGUUUGAGAAUGCUUGUACGAUCAUUCAGUUAUAUACUAAAUAACUUUCUUUUCUUUUUUUUUUUUAAAUCUCCAUGUGGAUUUUCCGUUUAAAAAGAACUAGGAGUUUUGUUUUUUCUUGUGUAAUAUUCGAUUCACAUCCUAUGAAAAGACAGUGUACAUUAUUUUAUGCAGUAGUCAGUUUUGUUUUUAUAUAUAUUAAAAGCCAGUUAUACAAUGGUUAAGUUGGAUCUCAUUCCACUUCAUCUGUUGGUAGAUUAGACUUCUCCAGGUGACCUUUUAUUGUGAACAAGUUACUCCACUUGUCUCAACUACAGUUAUGCCUGUGGAGACCUACACUCAAAAGAUACAAUUCUUAUUUUAUUGAAAAGCUGUGAUCUGUGAUAGUAAUGCUGUGAUACAAUUAAACUGAUAAAUGCA